GGCGAUCAAGCAGGGACAGGCUCCCGCGCCGAGCUGUCAUCCUGGAUGAGAGCAACUGCCGUCGCGCUCGCCUACUUUCAAGCGCACGCUGGCUUGGAAGAUCGUGGCUUCUCCUCUCCUCCUUCUUUCUUCCUACUCCUCCUUUCCCCAUACUCUUUCUCUUGGCCAGACAAACGCAUACGUCCACUACAAUGUCCUCCCCUGGCUCUCUCCCUGAGCUCUCUCCACCACCUUCCCCUUUUCCCAUCUCUGCUGAAUCACCACCAUCCAUGCCCUCCCCUUCACUUGAGGGCACCAUGGCAGAGUUGCUUCGAAUCAGGGCCAGGUUGGCCGCCUACGCACGCUCGCGCUCGGAGGAAGCUGCUACAUCGACACUCCCGCCUCCUCAAAGGAGCCAUCGUUCUGUCUCCGGCCCAAUCGCCACAACUCAGUCUCAGGAAACAUCAAUCCCGAGCUCUCCUCUCUCCCGCCUUGAACAAGGCCUGGAAGUAGCAAGACCAGAGGAGCAGGCACAAGACGCACACGGAGCCCGAAGGGAAGGAGAAGCAAGAGAGGUACCUCGAAGAGCUGCAGCAGGUACUGGAUCUCGACGACCUAGAAAUCAAGGACCUGAAGAUGAAGAAGCUGACUAUCACCACCCUGGAUAUCAAGGGGCAGAUGUACGAGCAGGAGGACCAAGAGGCGGAAGGGGCCGACAGCAAGGAAGAGGAGAACCCCGAACAGCCCGGAGGGGGAGACGAUCAGCAGGAGAAACAAAUGGGGCCAGACCUAAUCGCGGACAACCGAGUCUGGCAGAUGCUCAGUUUGCGUUUUACAGGCGAAGAAUGCGGAGGAGGUGGGGUUGAUGGUUCUUUCGAGAGCAUUGAAAACAGCCUUCGAUCAGCGUCAAAAGAAGGACAACACCAGGUCAAAGCUCUUCCAACUUCUUUACAUCUAUGUCGACCACCCCUUCCCCGAGAGGAAGUACUCUAGAAGUCAGGCUGCUUCCACGCCU